UCUGCGAAUAACUUUUUUUUUCCGUUGUAAAUUUUUGUUCGCAAUAAAACGUAAAGUUCGUGUAUUUUAUACAUCAGCCCGAUUUUAACGGGUACUUUUUAUAUGUAUUUUAUAAGUAGUACUUACUUACUUAUUGAAUAGCUGUGAUAACGAGAUAACUGAUCUGCGUCGCUGGUUGCGUUCUUGAUUAUUUGUAAUUUGUUUUAAAUUGUGAUACGGCUACAAUGAAACAAAAAUUAUAUUAGAUCAGAAUGGUAGCUGCUGGAGCCACAGUUUUAAUGGCAACCAGUGGAGAAAGUUCUUCGAAUGGCUCGCAAAAUGAUUCUAUUAAAUAUGAGAAUCAAAACAUUUGUUCUCCUUAUAAUGAAAUUUCAGUUAAAAAGAAUAUAACACCUAAUGUUAUAAAUAAAAGUAAAAGUCGUAGUUCCAUAUUGGAAAAAAGUAAUCGAUCGAUUCCAAGAUCAGAAAAUAAAGAAAGUAAAAAUCUUACAUUAUACAAAGCAGCACCAAUUCGUGAGACUAAGACUUCCAGAUUAAGGGCUGCUUCAAUUAUAUCGCCCAAUGGUGGAACAGUGUUAUCAAAAAAAUUAGGUAUGUCAGAAACUUCUGCUCCUUUGGGUCUCCAACCUAGCAGUAGUUUAUCAAUUAAAGAUGAAAAUUCAAUAUCAGGUAACAAUAGUAUUAUAAAUUCUGCGAGAGAGAGAGAUAAAAGUUAUAAGCGAAAAUCGUAUUUAAAUCGAUCUCUUAAUAUGGAGACAACAGGAGAUCGCUCGUGUCAGUCUGAAUAUAGCGUUAGACAAACCAGAAGACAAUCAAAUAAGCAAGGUUACAUAUCUGAUACAAUAUCUACUUCAAAUUCUAGUAAUCAACAUCAAGCAACAAGUAAUUUAGAUAAAAAACCCUUUGCGUCAAAGGUGGCUUACAGGAAAGUUAGUACUCAAAAUGUUACAACUUAUCCAAAAACUUGUACAUUGCCUUCUGUAAAUACAUCUGCAAAUGUUAAAUGUUCAAAUACGCAACGAACUAGUGGUGGUCAUAGUGAUUCAGAAGUUUCACGAAGAGUUGAUGCAUUAACAGCGUUAACAAAAUCCGCUAUAGAACGCGUGGAAAGACUUACAUCGCACGCAAAUUUGCCAACAAAUUACGGACCUCAAUUGGAAAACCAUACGUCCGCUGUAUCAUCUCAAGGAAAUUCUUUCAAUAGUACAGAGAGUAACGCAAACAAUGCACGUGUGUUGCAACAAUCAUCUCCAAGGAAAAGCUCUAUUUUAAAAAAAUCAAACGAAGAACAUUCUCAAGAUGGAUCGUUAAGUAUGCAACAUACGCCAGUUUCAAUUCUUAAACAUAAACUGUCUGAAAAUGAAGUGAUUCAAACUGUAUCCAGUUCUACUCAUACUGUUUUACCUGUAACAUUUUCACCCUCUGUAGUAGAGCCAACACAUAAAAGACAUGGUAUUUUAAAAAAACGUAGUAGCCUAGAUGAAAGUGAAAUACUUCGACGGCGUAGCUGUUCGCCAGACAUUUCGUUCGCCGAUAAUACUUAUUCUGAAUUUAGACCAAUAUUAAAGAAUCAAAGACGAUCAUCCUUGGAUGAAAUUAUCAAAAGGGAUCAGAGUCCAGAUCCGCAACCUACUUCUAUAUUAAAACGAAAAUCAUCUAGGGAGGAUGAUAGAGAAGAUCGUCAUAUUGCUUCUUUAGAACCACAAGGUAUACUUAAAAGAAAAUCUACAAAUAGCGUGCGAUCAAACAACGUUAAUCAUCACGUGACCAUUACAACGGAUGCAACAAGUGUGAGUGGUCCCGAAAUACUUGAUAGCUCCGAGGUGAGGCCAAUACUAAAGAAGAAGCACAGUAGAGAAGAAUCAUUUGGUAGCGAUCCACCAUCUAUAGAACCACGACCAAUAUUGAAAAAGAAGUCUAGCACCGAAUCGGACGAGCAUGACGAUAAACCUAAAAAGACGAUUUUAAAAUCAACUCGAAAAAAUUCACAAGAUGAAUGUAACGAAACAGAAUUGACGUCACCAAAAAAGUUGUCAAUGCUUAGAAGUCGUGUUUCACAAACUAGAACAAGUGGAAUAGUGGAAAACGAUCCUGUACGACCUAUAUUGAAACAACCUGGCUGUAAAGACAAUGAAUCGCGAGUCCGUUUGAAUUUAUGUGACGAGAUAGUUAUUAAUGAUGAUGCAUGUUCGAAAUCAACAGAUGUAUUUUUGCGGAAAAGAGCACAAUCUGUCGGUCAUAUACAACCAUCUAAUAUUCCUCAUGAAUUUACUGGUGUACUUAACAAACGAAGAUCUCUUGAAUUAAUAUCUGUAAAUGAUACAUUAGAAGAGAAGUCGCAAAAAAGGUUAACAGUAAAUAGCAACUGUUCCAAAGCAGAUAUUUCUCUAGAUAGUGAGAGUGCCAAUACUUGUCUUACUUCCUCUGACAUACUGUACAGCAUAAGAAAAGAAAACUUACCAGAUAAGGAAAAGCAAACUGCUCCAGUAUUUGAAACUGAGACAGAAAACAAAGCAUGUCUUUAUAGUCUUUCUACAGAUGAUAGUAAUACGAGUGGUAUGCUUCCUGGCAAAAUAAUGGAUAACAAACAGUAUUCAAAUGAUGAAACGCUAUUGUUACAAAGGAAAUCAGAUGAUUCGGAUAAUCAGGAAAAUAAUGGUGUACAUCGUAGUAACAGUGUUUCCAAAAUGACAAUGCAUUUCAAAAGUUUACAAGAGAAAGCAAAUUCUAAAGAAAAAGAUGGUUUACCUCAAAAAGCACAAAAUAAAGGGUCACAUGGAAUACAACGUUAUAGAGAACGAAAAUGUCAAGGGAAUGAUAGAUUUAACACACAGCCAGUAACUUUGCAAGAAGUACAGGAAGCAGUUUUACAAAAUCAGCGUAAUGCUACAUCAGCUAGAGAUCCAAAGUCAACGGAAAAUAAUUCAACUGACGAUGAGUUUGAUCCUUCUAAAUUAAGUUUGGCAGAACGAGUGCGUUUAUUUAAUCAGAAAAUUGAUACUGAAAAAUGUUCCGUGUCAAAUAAUAUAUCAAUGGAAAGGCAUUCGCGAAGACGGCCGACUACUCGUUAUAAAACGCAGCCAGUUACAUCUGAGGAAGUUGAAGUAGCGUCGCGAAUAUCUCCAUUAAAUCCUGUUAAUCAAUCCUCGUUAGAUAUAAGUAAUUUACCAAAAAGCAUUUUAAAAACUAUACCAUUACAUACACCUAGUGUACCUCGAGCAAAAAGUCCUGAACUUGAAGGUAUGAAGUUAAUAAAAUCUGUACUUAAAAAGGAAUCCGAAGAAUCAGAACAACGAACGUCUGAAAAUUGUGAUGCUUUACCACGUUCCAUUUUAAAAUCUAACUUAAAAAUGGAAGAAAAUAAGACAGGAGGUGGAAUUAAACAUAAUUAUUCUACACAGUACGAUCUGAGUUGUACAUAUAAAGAAGAUAAUAGUAAAGUAGGUGACUUUGAUAAAUUUCAAACUGAAAUUACUUCAUCCAAAACUCAUGAAGAAACGGUUCAAACAUCGGAUAAUACACCCGGCGACGAUUAUGAAGCUGUAUCUUCUUUUACUUAUUCUUCUGUUUCAAAACAAACCAGGUAUGCUUCAUUGUUGAAGAGCGCCAGUCACCAUACGAUUAGCAAUAAAGCGAACGAAAGUGACUCGUGUCCUGCAGGAAUACAAAAGCAACAUCCUGUAGCUCUUCCAGGAUUAUAUCGUAGUGCAACACAAGCAAUACCAACAAUAGAUACUAAUGAUGGUCCAAGCAUGAGUAUCGCAGAACGAUUAGCUGCACUUCAGCGUAGUGGUAAUACAAGUUGGAAAAGACGCAUAGCACCGGAAUCACCUAAUCCAUCUGAUGGAUUAUCUGCUGGUUUACUCAGUAAAGAAGAAUUAAGCAUCAAGCAAGGAGUACUAGCCGAUCGUCUUGGAAAAUUAGAAUCUGCUACAGAAGGAUGGAAAAAGAGAAUAGCUGCAUCGGAUGUAACAAAAUUUACAGUAGCUGGCAAAAUGAAGGUAGAGCUACCAGAACAUUUAGAUCCAGGACCAUCUUCGCCACUUAUUGAAGUUACAGGAAGUAUUACAGAUAGGAAGAAGAAAACACCUAGGCCCGAGCGAUUUAGAGCGAAAAAGGGUUAUGCAAAGGAUGUUGUAUCUAUGCCGACUAGCCCAAGCAAAGAUUCAUGUAUCAAGUCCCGAGAAAGCUUUUCUGAACCUACAAGCGAAGACAGUGGAGAAGAAUUGAAAGUAGGAAAAAAUGUAUCACCUGUUGUAUCAGUACCUAAGAUAGAUGAUGAAACAUUCACUUCCUUCUUUACUGGAAUUUCAUUAAAAAAAUGUGAAACUGAAUCAAUUGAUUUAAACGAAAGCGAUUUUGACAUGAUUACAUCGCAAUCUGAAUUAUUAGUUCAGAAACGAAAUAUACACCUAAAACGACGACGUGUCAUGUCUAGAAAUCCUCUUAAAUCACUUGCUGCUCGUACUGAUUUGAAAUCAGAAUAUACUGAGAUUCGGACUGGUAUUGCAGAGAAGGUAAUGAAACAAUUAAAUAUUGAAAAACUAGCUAAAAAUUCGUCGUUAGCAAUGGAAGCUUUAGCUGGCCUAGCUUCUACCGAAGACUUUAGUAAUAUAACACUAAGAAAUGUUGCAGAAACAAAUAUUUCAGCGAAUAAACUACAACCAUAUAAAGAUAUAAUGUUGAUUUUAAUUAAGGGCAGGCGUCACAUACAAGUAAGAUUAGUUGAGCCAGUUGGAGAAAGUAUAAACAGCGGCGAUAAUUUCAUUUUAGUGACAAAAUCGGAGGUUUAUAAUUAUGUUGGAAAGUAUUGUAAUGUUAUUGAAAAAACUCGAGGUGCAGAAAUAGCAAUGAGUAUUCAACAACACAAAGAUCUUGGUUGCCAAGCAUCUCAAGUUAUUACUAUUAACGAAGAUAAAAUAACUUGUACUAGAAGUCAGUUACAAAAAUUUUGGAAUUAUCUCGGCGUUGAACUUGAAAACGUGAAUGUUAUCGAUGGUGGACAUCCUGAUGAGGAUGAACUUUAUGAGACAGUUAUGAUGGAUACAAACAUGGUAUAUGAAAUUAAAGACGAAGAAUUAGUACCCCUUGAAAAAUAUUGGGGUACUAUACCAAAGAUUGAAAUGCUUGAUCUAAAUAAGGUUCUGGUAUUUGAUUUUGGCAGUGAAAUGUACAUAUGGAGCGGAAAGGGAGCUUCGACUGAUAAGAAAAGACUUGCAACACAUCUGGCUACAGAAAUGUGGCAAGAAGGAUAUGAUUAUACAGAAUGUGCUGUGUGUCCAAUUACUGCGGCGUCUAUGAUUGGCAGACGUGUUGUGUCAAAAACAGACUUAAAAUCUUCUAAAUUAAGACCAAAAUGGUGUUUACUUGCCAAGUUAACGCAACACGUAGAAACAAUACUUUUCAGAGAAAAGUUCCUUGACUGGCCAAAUGUAUCUGGUAUAAUACGAGUUAGAGGCACUAAAAGUAAAGAACAAGUCGAUGGAACUAUAACUAUAGAAGUGUGCAAUAUUGAUAAUUUACUAGAAGAAAACAAUACUCCUGUUGAUUUAAUUCUUGAAGGAAGUCAUUUGGGUAGAGGUACUGGUUGGUAUGACGAUGAGCUAAUGAAACAGUACGUUGUUACUGCUACUGGAGUGAAAGUGUGGCACAUUGAUGAAUUCUCGCAUACUCUGUUAGAUAAGUCAUCCGUUGGUCAGUUUUAUUCGGGAGACAGUUAUAUUAUUCAUUGGAUGUAUUCCGUUACAAUUACUGGUCGUGAGCUUAGUGGUUUGCCAUCGAAGCAUUCUGCAAAGGGUCGUGAUCGUUCGGUGUAUUUUAUUUGGCAAGGGCAAAAUGCGUCUUUGAACGAACAAGGUGCUGCAGCGUUACUAACUAUUGAAUUGGAUAACGAUCAAGCGCCUCAGCUUCGUGUAGUUCAAGGACACGAACCGGCUGCAUUUUUAAAUUUAUUUUCUGGAGGAAUGAUUGUACAUUGUGGCAAGAAAACGAAUACAAGAUGCGACGAACGAUGGCGAUUGUACAUAUGUCGAGGUACUUUAGAGUCAGAGGUGUCUUUAACAGAGAUUCCUUGUAGUACUCGCCAAUUACGAAGCAGAGGUUCUCUUAUAUUACUAGAUACUAGAAAUAAUAAAAUUUAUAUAUGGCAUGGAUCCAAUACAUUACCUCAUAUUAAGAAGAAUAUACUUAAAGCAGCAACAAAAUUACAAGAAAAUCGACCUCAGGAAACUGGUUUGUCGUCUGAAAGUAAUGUAGAAAUUCUUGAAACUGAUGAAGGAAUGGAACCAGAAGAAUUCACUAAUGCGUUAGGAAGAAUGAACAAAAAAUUGUAUAUAUCGUUAGAAAAAAAACAAUUACAAGAACACACUCCAAGACUGUUUCAUUUAUCAAGCAUUUCUAAAGAAUUUAAGCCUAUAGAAAUAUUGUGCCCUCAUCGUGCUUCUUUGCCAACUCCGUUUCCUUUUCUGCAGGAAGAGUUGUAUCAAGCUCAUCAACCAGCUUUAUUUUUAUUGAAUAAUAAAAAUGAAUUGUGGAUAUGGCAAGGUUGGUGGCCUGAUAAUGGCGGAGAAGAUCAGUCUGGUAGUAAAGCUGUAAGAUGGCAAGCUGAAAGAAGAGCUGCUAUGACAAUGGCAAUGCAGUACUGGCAAAAAAUUCAUCCAGAAACAAAUAAGUACCCAAUUUAUCUAGUCUGGGCUGGUCUUGAACCAUUGCAAUUCAUAAAUUUAUUUCCUACGUGGACAUAUCGUGAUGAUAUUGCGGAAUUAAACAUAGAGGAUGGUCGUAAACCUGGCGAAGUAUUAACUGCAGAGAGUGAGUUAAACCGAUUAACACAAAGCACGUAUCCCCCAGCUCAAUUAUUACAACGACCUUUACCAGAAGGAGUCGAUCCUACACGCUUGGAAUUGUACUUAUCGCAACAACAUUUUCAAGAACUGUUAGGUAUGACUAAAGAAGAAUUUCGAGAACUUCCGGUUUGGAAACAAGUGAACCUUAAGAAAGAAAUAGGGCUUUUUUGAUAAAAUAUUCUGACUGCCGAUCCUACAAGAAAUAGCUGCCCCUGUAAACAAUUAAUAAAGUUUUUGUUAAUUGUUUUAUGAUGUUUAUAACUUCAGAUUUUUUAAUUUUUCAAUGUAUCCGCGUUUAAGAUACGCCUAAAGUUGCCUAUCAACAGAAAAAAAGAAACUAAUAUUAUAACACAGUUGAAGAUGUUUACUACUAUUUCAAAUAUAUAUAUAUAUAUAUAUAUAUAUAUAUAUACAUACUACAUAGUGCGUGUAUGUAUGCACAUACAACGGCACGUACACAGAUAGGUAAUUAUAUAUUUUUAAUACAUAUUAAACGUAAAUCGGCUUGUGAAUAUUUCCUUUAUAUUUGUAUGGGCUUUGUAUUCAAUGAUAAUACAAUAUGUUUAGAAUGGCUUAUUCUUACAUGUGUAACAUUUGUACAAGAGCGACUGUAUUCUUUACAACAUACUCCAUGUUUUUGAACAGUAUUUAAUGAAAUUUCUCAAUGUU